GGGAGCCAUAAAAGGCAAAGGCUCGCAAUGCAAGAAGAUCAGGCAGUAGGAAGUAUUUUCCUACACGUUUGCUGGUUCGUUUCGAUGUAUUUACAGUUUUACCAUGGUAAGUCAAUAUUUUCAGAUCAGGCCUCUCUUGCUGCGAAGUGCGACAGGUGGUUUAGUUGA